CCGGGGGCCUGGGGGCGCGGGCCGGCCCGAGGAUGCCCACCAACGGCCUGCACCAGGUGCUCAGGAUCCAGUUCGGGCUCCUCAACGACGCGGACCGCUACCUGACGGCGGAGAGCUUCGGCUUCAAGGUGAACGCCUCGGCGCCCGGCCUCAAGAGGAAGCAGACCUGGGUGCUGGAGCCCGACCCCGGCCAGGGCCCGGCCGUGCUGCUGCGGAGCACCCACCUGGGCCGCUACCUGUCGGCGGGGGAGGACGGCCGCGUGGCCUGCGAGGCGGAGCGCCCGGGCCCCGACUGCCGCUUCCUGGUCCUGCCCCAGCCCGACGGGCGCUGGGCGCUGCGGUCCCAGCCGCACGGCCGCUUCUUCGGCGGCACGGAGGACCGGCUGUCCUGCUUCGCCACGGCCGUGUCGGCGGCCGAGCUGUGGACGGUGCACCUGGCCAUCCACCCGCAGGCCCACCUGCGCAGCGUGGGCCGGCGGCGCUACGUGCACCUGUGCGCGCGGGAGGACGAGCUGGCGGCCGAGGGCGACGUGCCCUGGGGCGUGGCCGCGCUGCUCACGCUGCUCUUCCGCGGCCGGCGCUACUGCCUGCAGUCCUGCGACAGCCGCUACCUGCGCAGCGACGGCCGGCUGGUGCGGGAGCCCGAGGCCCGCGCCUGCUACACGCUCGAGCUCAAGGCCGGCAAGCUGGCCUUCAAGGACUGCGACGGCCGCUACCUGGCCCCGGUGGGGCCCGCCGGCACGCUCAAGGCCGGCCGGAACACGCGGCCCGGCCACGACGAGCUCUUCGACCUGGAGGCCAGCCCCCCGCAGGUGGUGCUGCUGGCCGCCAACCGCCGCUACGUCUCCGUGCGGCAAGGGGUCAACGUCUCAGCCAACCAGGACGAAGCACUGGACCAUGAGACCUUCCUGAUGCAGACUGACCCGCAGACCAAGAAAUGCACCUUCUACUCCAGCACGGGGGGCUACUGGGCCCUGGUCGCCCACGGCGGCAUUCAGGCCACAGCUACGCAAGUCUCCGCCAGCACCCUGUUUGAGAUGGAAUGGCGAGGCCGCAGGGUGGCCCUCAAGGCCAGCAAUGGGCGCUAUGUGUGCAUGAAGAAAAACGGGCAGCUGGCGGCCACCAGUGACUUUGUGGGCGCGGACGAGGAGUUCGUCCUCAAGCUCAUCAACCGGCCGCUGCUGGUGCUCCGCGGCCUGGACGGCUUCGUCUGCCAGCGCCGCGGCUCCAACCAGCUGGACACCAACCGCUCCGUCUACGACGUGUUCCGCCUGGGCUUCCGCGACGGCGCCUACCACAUCCGAGGCCUCGGCGGCGGGUUCUGGUACACGGGCAGCCACGGCAGCGUGUGCAGCGACGGCGAGCUGGCGGAGGACUUCCUCUUCGAGUUCCGCGAGCGCGGGCGCCUGGCCAUCCGCGCGGGCAGCGGGAAGUACCUGCGCGGCGGCGCCUCGGGGCUGCUGCGGGCCGACGCCGACGCGCCCGCGGGCGCCGCGCUCUGGGAGUACUGAGGGCGGCCGCGGGCGCCGAGCCCCGCGGGCACCGGGGGGGGCACCGAGCCCCGCGA